AGUCCCCAUUUGCUUCUUCCUGUCGUAAACCACAUUAAUACAUUUGCGUCAGACAUGAAACGCACGGGGAGAAGACAAAGCUCUGCCUGGGACUACUUUGAACAACUGGGUACUUCAGAUUUCGUCCGCUGCAAUCAAUGUCAUACCACGCUGAAGUACUGCGGCGGUACCAGCUCCAUGAUGUCCCAUAUUACCAGGCAUCAUCUGCCAAUGGCACCGGUGGAGGAAGACGAGAAACCGGUGAUCUGUACCGUUCAAUGCGUCGAGGAGACGAAUUCAAGUUUGGAUGUAAAUAAGACUUCUACCGUGUUACCCGAAAUGAACAUAACUGCCACCCCUCCUGAACGGGACUACGGAGAGAGGAAACGCUUUAAGCGAAGCUCAGUUUGGGAUAUUUUCACCAAAGUGGACGACGAGGUUCAUUGCAGCAUGUGCGACACCAUUUUGAAAUACAGGAGGAGCACUACCAGCAUGAUGUACCACAUCAAAAGCAAACACCCUGACACUGUACCCAACGAUGCUGUGUCUUUGCCAACGCAAGCUGAGGUGACUGAACUCAUCUCCCGAAUGAUUGAAAAGGACAUGCUUCCCAUCAGCGUGGUUAAUGGUGAGGGUUUUCACGAGCUACUAGCACACACGGUGCAGAAUUUUAAAAUGCCAUCUGCUGGUGAUAUCACACGCAUUAUUGAAGGUCAUUUCUGUGAGAAAGCAGAGGAGCUUGCCGUGCAGCUGGGUAAAGUGGAGAAAGUAGCUCUCACUGUUGAUUUCUGGGCAGCGCUUCCAUUUCAGAGGUACAUUACAAUUUCCUGCUCAUUCAUAACAGAAGAUUGGCAGUGGAAGUCAGCUGUGCUGCAGACACACAAGCUGUCUGAGGGACACACAGCUGCAGACGGUGUCACAGAGAGGCUUCUAAGCACUGUCCAGGCCUGGGGCAUCACAGGGAAAGUUGGCUCAUGUGUUCACAACAACAUAGAAAGCAUCCCAUCAGCCCAAGCAGGUGCCUGUGCCACAUGGGAUUAUGUCACUUGCUUUGCCACAACACUGCAGUUUGCAGUUACCAAGGGGCUAAGUGAGGAUCUAGUCCACAUCAUAGCUGCUGCAGGAAGACUCGUCCAGCACUUUAGUGACAACUUGCUGGCAAGUGAAGCUUUGGAGCAGAAGCAAGUACAGAUGUGUCUGCCACAGCACAAGCUUAUCAAGUCAAGCAAAGCAAGAUGGGACACUAUUUGUGAUAUGUUUGAACGCUUACUGGAGCAGCGUUGGGCAAUUAAAGCAGUUCUUUCUGAUCGCACGAUCACCAACAGACAAGAAGCCCUUACCCUUGAGAUUGAAGACGACUGCUGGCAAAUAAUUGAGAAUUUUACACCUGUGCUUGCAACACUGAAAUGGGCAACAACAGUUAUAUCUGCUGAAACAGAGGUCUCAAUUUCAAACAUCUACCCAAUCACAUUCAGCCUCAUUCAGACACACCUUGCCUCAAAAGAGAAUGAUGUUAAACAAGUCUUGGAGUUCAAGGACAAAGUUCAGAGGUCACUUAGGGAUUACGUGGAGGUUGACUCCAGUGAACUCGUGUCCAAACCAGCCCUGAUUGCCUCUAUGCUGGACCCUCGUCACAAACAUCUCAGCUUCCUUACGCCAACAGGGAGACUGGCUGCAAAGGUUAAACUGCAUGAACUAGUAGCAAAACUAGAUGCUAUGACUGCUACUGUAAAAGCAAAAGAUGAACAACAAGAAACCCCAAUCACACCUGAUAUUAGCCAGAUGGCCAAGUCCUCACAACUGAAAAAAGACCCGAAAAACACGAUGGUGUUGCUCCUAGGAGACAACUACAGUUCCUCUUAUGCUACUGACAUAGAGGCUCAGGUGGAUUACUACUUGAGAGACAUUGCUCCCUCACUGGAUAUAAAUCCUCUUGACUGGUGGCGGGUAAAUGGGCUAAGAUUUCCCAAACUGGCUACUUUGGCGAGACAUUAUUUGUGUGUUCCCAGUGUCUCACUGCCAUCUUUACUGUCAGACAAUGGACAAACGUUUGCAACAAUGCGCACAAGACUGAGCCCAGAGCAUGUGAACAUGAUGAUCUUUGUGAACAGAAAUGUGUAACUUGUGCGAGCUAACAUGAUGAAGAUGUACAAAAAAUUCCAAUAGAGAAAACAUAAAGAGGGUUAUUGUAGGAUAGUUGAAAAAAAAAAAUCAGGAACAGCAGGAGAAUGAAGUAUUGAGAGUACUCUCCACUUGUAAAUGUUGUUUACACAUGUUAACAGUGCUAUAAACUAUGAUGUAUUAAGUGAACAAAAAGAUAAUCUCAAGAGCUGAAUAAUUAGUCAUUCUGUAGCUAAACAAAAUAUAAUCAUUGAUGCUGCUGAUCAAUGAACAUUACGACUGUCAUUGUUGCUACUGUGUAAAGAUAUGAGCCUGCAUUAAACCACACAAGUUCAUAUUAAGAGUACAGAUUAUACAGUGUAUUUAAAUUCACAACUACUUCAUAAGCUUGUCAUGCGAAGUUGACAAUUUCUAAUUUAUUCUUUUACCUGAAACACUACACUCUCAAGGAUAUGGAUUUGUCUACACAUGGUGCCGUUAGUUGUAAAACUGCGUUAUGGACUGGAUUCAGAAAAUGUCUGAAUUAAGUUUUCUUCAUGCUGUCAAAAAUCUCAGAAUGCUGCUUUUACACAGUUUACAAGUUCUCAGUUUUCCCCGUUUGCAGACUAACAUGUCCAAACAAAAAGACACUGAGUUGGGAAACUAUGUUGCAGACUGUUAAUUCUACAACAUCUAUGGCUGUAAGUGUAAUACAUGGGUUGUAAUUACUAAUUAAAAGUAGACUACAGAAUCUAAAUCUCUGAUUAAUGGCCAACAUCAAUAUCAGAACCUGAUAGAGACAGUGGGUCAAAUCAGUCUCAACAUUUAAGUCUACAAGUCAGAAUAAAAACUGCUGCAAAAAACAGACAAUUCAUUAGUUUGUUCUUGUUACUAUGACAGCAUUUUGAAUAUCAGUAUUGUAAAUAUCUGGUGACUUAUUCAUUGUCCUAACUGCUGUAGUACUACCAAUAUGAAUGCAAUUUCUGUAGCGUCUCUGUAAGCUCAGCAAAAGGUGCAAUACAUACAGUUGUAGCAAGUGUGUGAUGAUCUGUUUGGGAACCAGGCGCUUUUGGCACAUGCUUUCUCCAUCCCACAGCACAGCUUCAGUGAUGGCACCAUCCUGGAAACGGCGCAGCUCAGAGCGAGGGCCCCACAGUUGACGAAAUUCAGCUGCCUAGAAGAACAUCAUUGUUUUAAUAGUGAAAUGCUGCAUGCUUUAUAACACAUAAAGGAAACACAUGAAAGAGAAAAAAAUACAGAUUCAUAGUGGUUACCAAUUCUAUAUCACUCUGUUCAGUUUUGUAUAUUGCAAGAAAGUUGUGGAAAAAGAGCAUUCCAUUUUAACAACCAUAUCCAUAAUAAAAA